UCCAACAGUCUAGUCAAGCCAGUUGAAAGAAACGCAGCCGAGUCGACGCGUGCAGCAGAAGCAGCAAUCGAGCUCAGAACUCGGAAACACAUCGAGCUUCAGGCCCUGUGAUCUUCAGAGGUGGAAGAGAUUCCCGUUCUGGUGGUAGAUCGCACCGAGUCGUAAUCGUUUCCGGUCGAAGAAGAGACAGAGAAGAUUUGAGAGAGGAAUUGCAAGAAGUGCAGCGAGCAGGAUCAGAAAGAGAAAAAAAUCUCUGCAGCAUGGCGGGUUAUUUGGGAGGGAUGGUACAGCAGAGACGCGGCGAGGACGAGCGCACGUCGGAGGAGGAGCAGCAGCCGCAAGCAGCAGCCUCGGGUAGGGAGUUCCGAGACAGUCCCAUGGAGCAACAGCAUGUGGGUCGGGAUGCCCCGACGUCGCAAGUCGGAUAUGGAGGAGGAGAUCGCACGGCCGAGUACGUUCACUAUCCUCCGGCGCAAGACGCAGAAUCCGUCGUCGAGAGGAACGACGAGCUCGAAGAAGGCCAGGCUCACGGAGGGCGAUUCGUAGGUGGUCAUGGAAUCACCGAUCCUCGAUUGUCUGCAGACCAGCCUCUAUCGAAUCCCCAAGCUCUCGGCCUCCCCGACUAUGGAGGCAAUGCCGGCCGCCCCACCGAGUCCCACUACAGCUCGUCUGACAGAAAUGUCGACCCCCCCGCAGCCAAGUCGGGCCAUGGCGCAUACGCUGGAGAGGGAGCGGCGCAAAGAUCGUCCUCCGAAUAUGGGACGACCGAUGCGAAUGCGAGACCCUCGGAGGCUGGGGACGGCGUCUCGGGACCCGGAGGGUAUGCCGGUGAGGGAGGCUCGAAGGUGACCGGGUACGGUACUUGCGACGGGAACGCGUUCCCCAGCGAAGCGGGAACGGGGGUGUCCUCCGAGGGAGGAUACGCCGGUGAGGGCGGUGCGCAGAGGUCCUUCUCCUCGCAGGAGUCGCCCUAUGGAAGCUCGGUCCCCAACGCGAAGCCGUCGGAGGCCGGGACCGGGACCUCGGCCCUCGGAGGUUAUGCGGGCGAGGGUGGCGCACAGAGGGACGCCGACCGGUCCUUCCCAGUGACGCACAAGUCGCAGCACGUCCAGGACUCGAGCUCGGAGUUCGGUCUGCCGACGCCCAUGCGGCCUCCUGGUGCACCAGCGCUCUUGGACGAGCAGCAUCUCGAUGGGCCCAAAUACGGCCGAGACUCCGAUUCCUCGACGGCAGGCGAUGAAUUUCGACCCGCAGGCUUGCAGGAGGAUGAAGUUCGAGCUGGGGUUCCUCAUGGUGUGGUGUCAGGGCACCCUUCAGGAGCGGGCCAGGAGAAUUAUGGAGCUGGUGAAGUGGGCAAAGUGGGACAUCAAGAUGCGCAGCCACAUGAGUAUCAUCAGACUGGAUCGUUUCCCAGUCAUGGUGGAUCUGCUUACAGCCAGGAGUACACCCAACCCGACGCGCCCGAUACUCGUUUCUCUGACCUCCAAGGGGUUGAUCAUCAUCAGACGUCCUCGAAGCACAGUCCGGCCGAAACGACGAAUAUGACGCCGACGGCUGUAGAUGGCAAUACGCACCAGGAGGAAGGAUUCAUGGCCAAACUCAAGAGCCAUCUCCCAGGACACAAGCAGCACCAUGCGCCCAUGAAUGUUGAUACCAAGCCUGCUACGGAUCCUACUACUCCUGGGGCUGAGCACGAGAAGCCGAGUUUCAUGGAGAAGAUCAAAGACAAGCUGUCACCCGGUCAUCACAACAAGCAGACGACUGAGCAGAAAUUUUGAGGAAUGGAAUGCCGUGCGUGAUUUGUGAGCGGCUUUUCGUUAGCCCAGUUUGUAUCAUAAGAGUAGACUGUACAUACCACAGAAUCGAUUAUCCGCCGUUUUGUUUCUAGCGAACAGUUUUGGCGUGGAUGAUCGGCAAGUUUAUCUCGACUGUGAGUGGGCCCGAACAUCUAUGUUCCAUGUCUUUCAUAAAGGAUAAUCUGAACAGUGUAGCAGAAACAAAUAUGGCAAAGUACAUGUAAUAAAUAUGACUAAUUGUUACCGU